AAUCCCACCGGGACGUGCCGGGCGGGGCCCCGCGGCCAUCCGCGAGCUGAUCCCGGCUCCGGGAGACCCUUCCCGGGUCGCCUGGCGGGCGUAGGGCGGCGGGCCGGGAGCCGGAGGGGAGCGGGGAGCCGCGGGGCCCGGCCUUGCCCGCCGCCCCCACGGAGCGCUGCCCCUCCUGCUCCUCGCAGCCGCCCCUGGCUCAGGCUGCUCUGGGCAGGAAAGGAGUGUUUUGGGAAGGCAUGGAGAAUCCCGUGGGUCGCACCCGGGGACUGACACUGCCCCCACCCCGGAUCCCGCACAACAGCGGUUCCGUGUGUGUUGCUGCUGGUUUUGGGGGCGAUGUGAGCUGUGAGCUGCGCUCCCUGAGCCGUGGGUGUGGAACGCCUCCCCCGGGAAUCGGGGGUCCCAAGGCUCUGCUUCCCUGCCCUGGGACGGGAUGGCAGACAUGCCGGAGGGAACACCUCUCCUUGUGCAUUUCCCCUGCAGGAACCCAGCGGCACCAAAGGGACACACGCGCUCGGCUGCAGGAAAAGGAGGCUCCGCAGGGAUUUGCGGGGUUUAACCCGGUGCCCACCUGUCCCCAGGGUGGGGACGACAGGAACAGCAAGGGCUGUCCCCACGUUCAGCUCUGAACCCCCUGUGCUCCCGCCUCCACAGCGCCCUGGAAUCUGGGGAGACCCCCUGUGGAAGGCAGGGAUUUCCUGAGAGGUGGGAAGAGUUUUGGAAAUUCCUAAAACGCGAGGCUGUGGCUGGGAUGGGGGAGAUUCCCAGCAGGCACCUGCAGGCAGAGCUGGAGGAAAAACAAAGCAGAGGUAUCGAAGUUCGUGGAUUUUAUUAAACAACCCCCGGCUGCUAUGGAAAACGGGGGGGAAAUCCAGGAUCUGGCUCUUCUAAGAGUGUAUUCCCUUUCACUGGCUGGAAAUAAUUUCCUGGCUCUUUGGGUCACCAUUUCCACUCAAAUUUAUCCUAUUUAACAUAAAAAAAUCCCACCCUAGAUGACAAAAAAAAAAAAACCCUAUAGACCAAGCCCCCCAAAUCCCAGAACAGCACUAUUUCCUUCCCAAGAGGAAAACCACUAUGGAAAAGUUUUGACAACAAUUAAUUCCAAUUAAUGUCUCUAUGGAGAGACAGCCCAAUCCAGUGGAUAAAUCCAAAUUUCAGCCCAAAGCCCUUCCUAAGAGAACUUUUUUCCAGAUUCAUGGCAGGACAAAGUCUCUGGCCCAGCUGGAUUUCCAAACAAUUUUCCUGAUUUGGGGAAUAUUCAGCAGCACCAGGAUGUUUUGCAGCCCCACAACCAGCAUGGGGGGGGAUGCAUAAGGCUGUGAGUGUGGGUUGAGGGGGUGAUUCUCAUUUCACUCCUUUGGGAUCAUCCACCAGGCUGCUGGAUUAAUUUAAUUCCUUCUAGAAAAAGGAAUUAAAGCCAGUGAUGGAGGGAGAGGAGGGGAAAGAGUUUCACACUGAAUAACGUGCUGGAAUAGAAAACAUAUAUAUAAAUAAAUAAAUAUAUAUAUACACAAAUAAAUAAAGUGUUGCCAUGUGCUCAAUAAACAUCUUUUGUUAACAGCCCAGCCUCAGCUGUCGCCUGACUUGUGUCUUGACGUCCCCAAAUAAUCCAAACUCAUGUCCCAGAGCCCCGGACCGUUCUAAUUCCAGCAGAAGCCAGGACAGGCGGAUUGACCCAGAGGAUUGCUCACUCCACUUGGAAAUUCAUUUCAGACGAGCACUUUGGUGCUUAAACUCGAGUUUUUCCAGGUUUAUUUUGGCACGAAACACCUCCUCAGAGCCAUUCUCAGCAAAAUCCUGCGUGGCCCAGGCAUCGCUCCCCGUGCCCAGCUCGGUGCGGGGCAGCAGCUCCCCCCCGGACCCCCAAAUUCGGGCUGAGCCCCUUCCCAAGGACACCGGCACUGCUGGAUGGAAGGGGAGGAGAGAGAGCGAAAGGGGGGAUUUGGGAGCUGCCGGAUAAAGCACGAACAUCCCCGGCGGGCAGCGGCUUUUUGGGGCUAAACCGGGGGUAAGCAGGGCUUUUCCCGGCGGGCAGCGCUGGGGAUGCCGGUGCCGGACUACAGCUCCCGGCGAGCCGCGCGGGCGGGCAGAGCCGGGCGGCGGGAGCGGAGCGCAGCGCAUCCCGCAGCGGCACCGCCGCCUCCGCCCGCCCAGCAGAUCCGGCGAAGCCCGCAGCAGCCAUGGCGCUGGUGAAGAGCGGUUGGCUUUGGCGCCAGAGCUCCAUCCUGCGCCGCUGGAAGAGGAACUGGUUCGUGCUCUAUCUGGAUGGCAGCCUGGUUUACUACCACGACGAGACGCAGCGGGACAUGGACGGCCGGAUCCACAUCAAGUACAGCUGCCGGGACGUGCGGAUCGGCCGCGAGUGCAAAGACGUGCAGCCUCCCGAGGGGAGGAGCCGCGACUGCCUGCUGACCGUGGUGCUGCGGGACGGCUCCAAGACCACGCUGUGCGCCGAGAGCGAGGACGAUGCCGUUGCUUGGAAGAUGGCUGUGCUGGAGGCUAAAUCCACUCCGGUGCACGUGUACGACCCCUACGACGACGACUACUACCAGACGGUGCCCCUGGACUCCCACCAGGCUGCCUACAUCAGCUCCGGCCACUACGGCCACCAGUACGGAGCUCCCGGGGUGACCCACGUCAUCGUGCGCGAGGAUCCCUACCGCGUCUCCGGGGACCAGAUGGCCCUGGGGCUGCUGGCCGGGGCCGCCACCGGCGCCGCCCUGGGCUCCUUCAUGUGGAUGCCCUGCUGGUUUUAGCGGCCGCCAGGCUGGGCCACGGCCCCCCUGCGCUCCCCAGCCCUGCCUUGGAACCUGCCCUGAGCCCCCCAGCCUCCCCAGGACACCCCGGGGACAGACUCCCGCACACGGCCCGCUCCCAGCCCCAGCUUCUGCAUUAAAGAACCCCCAGGUGCUUCAGAGCCCCCCAGACCCACUCCAGAACCCCACUGCACCCCAUUCCCGUCGGCAAAGAUUCACUGGGCCAUUGGCAGAGCUUCCCCAUCCCAAACCUCCACAGGGAGCUGGCUGCAGAAAUUCUGGGUUAGGGAGAAGGGGGAAAGUUUAGUUUUUUAAAUUUAAUUUGGGGGGAAGUGGCUGGAUCUUUUUUGGCUGGGUGAACCCCACAAUGCAGAGGCUUUUUAAGGACUUUGUCUGGGAAAGCUCCAGCACCAGAGGGCACAACAGGGAUGCUCAAGAGGUGGGUAAAAGAUUAAGGAGGAUGAAAACCUUUGCAGGAUUUCCACCCCUUUCCAACAUGCACUAGUCCCCUGGGCCUGGCCAAGUUGGAGAAAUGGUGCAAAACCAUCAGGAACUGAAGUUAAAUCAUUGGGAACGAGGCUGAGAGGAGCCCAGGGAAUAUCCCAACCUCUCCAGCCGAGUGGGAGGAACACACAGCAUCCUCAGUUUCACUCUGAUUUUUGGGAUGGGGAGAAGGGCAGCUCUCCAUGGGGACUAGGGAGCCUUUCUGGCAGCCAAGCCGGGAUCUUCACAGCAGGGAUUUGGGAUUGAGGGGGGACACACCAGGGACAAAGCCCUGGUCUUGCCAGGGGACAAGCAACAGCUCAGGGUUUUGGUUGGGCAAUGGAAGAGGUGAGGCACAGCUGCCAAGUGUCGCUCCUAGAGCCAGGAUGGUAUCCUGGAACUGUGAUUGACAUUGAAUUUAGGAAUUACAAACCCCACAGCUGGAUAGAAAACCACCAGUGACACCAGCACCCCAGCCUGCUCCUGCCUUUAGAGCCUGGGUCAGUUCAUCCCUGUGCCCAUCAGGGGAUUGGGAUAUCCCAACACACCAUCCUCAUCCUCUCCUGCAUUCCCUACCUCCCUCCUGCUGUGCACCCGCUCCUGGAAAAGGGAAAAAAAAUUAAAAAAACCUCUUUGAAGUCUAAUAAAGGCAGUGAAAAACCAGCCCUGGCCUGAGGGUGAGUGAGGAUGAGGAGGGAACGCUCAGUCUCAGCCACCUCCGGGGGUGGGAAGGAUUGUGUCCCCCAGGAGAGCUGCCCAGGGGUGUCACCAGCUCCCCUUGGCCUCCCUGCCUUUCCAGCUGGGAGCUCUGGGGUCGCACCUCCAGCCUCUCUGUGUGUGGCACAGUGGGACACAGAAGGGACAAAGCUGCCCUAAAAAUCCUGCUCCUGUGCAAGAGAACCACCAUUUGUGCUGGCAGAGCAGCUCCUUCCUCUGCAUCACACAUUCAUGGGAUGAGGCAGGGCUGCUUGGGAAGGGCCCAGCACAGGGUCAGGCAGUGCCAGCCCCACGAGGGUGGCUGAACACAAUCCCUGGCUCUGCUGGAUGUGCAAAGCAGGAGCCACGCCUGGCUCCCAGCUCCUAAGGCAGGCAUUCAGCCCCUCCAUGCCUCUGCUAAUUCCAGCACAAAGCCCAGCUCCCAAGGGCUGGAGAAGAGAAGGAUCCAGCCCCACACACCCCCUGCAUCCUCAUUCCUGUGCCUGUGACCCUGCAGCGCUCACUCACCGGCACCUCCCCGUGGCACUGCCACUCCUGGGCCACUGAUCCAGCCCCCAUGGCUACUCCUGCUGCAGGGCUGGGCACGGGAGUGAAACAGCUCCUGUGACACAGGGCCAGGUCCCCAUUUCCAACCUGUGACAAGUCCCAGCUGUGUGUGCUGGCAUCCCAAAAUCCCCGUGUGCCAGGCUGAUCCUCCAGUGUGAGAGGGGAGAUCCUGCCCCUGAGCCCAGGUGAGACCCCGCCUGGAGAGCUGCCACAGCCCUGGGGACACAGCAGCAGCAGCACCUGGAGCUGCUGGAGAGAGCCCAGAGAAGGCUCCAGAGCUGCUCCAGGGCUGGAGCCAGGCUGGGAGAGCUGGGGGUGCUCACCUGGAGAGGAGAAGGCUCCAGGGAGAGCUCAGAGCCCUUGCUCCCUGAAGGAGCUCCAGGAGGGCUGGAGAGGGACUGGGGACAAGGCAUGGAGAGACAGACACAGCGAAUGGCUUCCCACUGCCAGAGGGCAGGGAUGGAUGGGAUACUGGGAAGCUUUUCUGGUCCACCUGUGCCAAGGCCUCACCACCCUCACAGAGAAGAAUUUUACUCUAAUAUCUCAUUUACCAAUCCAAUAUCCAUUUUAUGGUUCAUGGGCCAAUGUACAUAAUCCCAGGCGAGAUACACUGGGAGAUGGAAAGAGCUGGAAACUUGUUACCAAUAGCAACAUGACCUAGAAACAGUCUGUCCUUCUCAUGCCACGUCCAGCUACUGACCUGCAAAAGAUCCUUUUCCAGAGCUCAGACACCCAUGCUCCUCAUCCCUGCAGUACCUGGACAUCCUGGAACUGUUCCUGCUUCUCUCCUGCUGCGCUGGUCUCCCACAGAUCCAGGGACAUGGAGCAAUCCAGGCAAGGACAGUGCUGGAGCAGCCUCCAGCAGCAAUUCCCGGGGUCUUCAUGCUGCUGGUGGCAGGCAGGCCCUGCACUAGGAGCUAAAUGAAGCAGCAAUUAAAUAUGAUACAAAUAAUUUUGGAAGCACAAACAAUUGAUCCACAGCCCACAGAAGUACCUGGCUUGGCCUGCUGCACUCAGCAGGGGCUUCCCAGGAGCUCGUGGUGCCUGAGUGGCACUGAGUAGGAGCAGAGGGACAAGGAGUGCUGAGGGACAGGGAUCAGGGCUGACCUGCUCCAUUCCCAGCUCCCACCCAGACUCGCAGCACUCCUCUCUCCCAGCAGGGAGAGCUGCUGAAGCUCCAAAGCUCUGAACAACUCCAAAACCUCUCGGAAAAACGGGACCAGCAGUAAGUAGCAGGCACGAGCCAUUAAAGCCCAUUAUGCCCACAAACCACCUGGAAAAUGAAUCCCACAAUAUUCCAAGGCACAGGAGUCAGCUGGGGGCCACCUGACCCUUGCUGGGCUCCAAAAUCACUUCUCUGGAAAUCGAGCAGCUCAGGAAAUGUCAGAUCAAACCUCCAGUUUCCAUACAGCCCCCCCCCUUCCCAAGCUGGGGUAAGCACAGGAAAGGUCAGUGCCAAACCACCAGUGCUGGGAGCAUGGAUAAAUCCCAUUUUCUUCCUUCCCUGCACUGUACCCGAGGAGCCACUGGCUGUGGGAGAGAGACUUCAGUGCUUUAAUUAGCAAUAACUUUAAUCAAGCCUUUAAUAACAUCCUCGUUCCAGACGUGCUCUCCGGGUGGCCGACAGUGAGCACUCAAAAUGGCUCUAAUUUAUAUCCAAACCCUCAGAAACAGGUGGCAAGCCUGGAAAAUUCGAUUUGGGAACAGCACCAGCAGGGCAGAGCUGUAGGACAGCAGGAGCAUCAUCACCCAGCUGCCUGCAGCCCUUCCCUACCCCUCAUCUUCCCGGGAAGGGCAGAGCUGCAAUUCCACAGGAGUUUAAUUCCCAACAUCAAUGGGAGCCCAGCCUUUCCAGCAUCCAUCUGGGCAGUCAGCUCCAUUCUGCUCCUACAAGAGGAUCCUAAAUAUUUUAUAAAAAGACACGUUUGAUUUCACCAGGUGCUCGGACCAGGGUGGGGAUGGGGAAAAUGGUUAAAGAGGGGGGAAAAUAAAAUCGGUAUUUUUGCCAAUUGAUGAAAAAUCCCUUAAACUGAUGAAAAAACAAUUCCACCGGUGAAAGCCCAAGCCCAGCAAGCCUGGAAAGGCAGAGGGAGAGCAGCAGAGGAGGAGGCAGCGCAGAUGGGAGGGAGAGGCUGCUCCGAGGUCCGGCUGUUUGCAGCUGCCUCCCUGACUGCGGGAGCGCCGGCAGCCGGUGCCGCAGCCUGCCCGCCCAUUUAUCUUCCUUCGGGGCUGGGACAUGCCCAGCAUGGAAAAAGGUGCUGCUGCCGCAGGUAGGGAGAGCCCUUGCACUUUGAUUGCUGAGGAUUCGGGCGCUGGAAGCAGAUCUGCAGCGAGGGGACGGCUCGGCUGCCGCAGCAGCUCUGCAGAUGCUGCCAGGUGGAUGCUGAGGCUCCUCCAGCCUGGAAAAAUCGGGGCUGAUCCCAGCAGCGAGCAAAGAAGCCAUCAGCACCCUCCAACCCGAGGCAGACAAUCCCUCCUGGAUUUUGGAGCCAGGCUGGGAGAGGGAGCUCGACCCAGUGCAGACACGAGCGAGCGGCCAGGAGCACCCUCCAGAGCUGGUGGUGCCCCCCACCCAAUCCCUGCUCCACAGCAGCUCCGUCCCUGCAGCUCAAUCCAGAACCCCUUCACCAGAGGGGAGCUGGGAAUUGGGAUAGCAGUGGGAGGUGAGAGUCCCAAGGCUACCCACGGCAGCAGCCAGGAGGGAUCGAGGAGGUGAAGGUGGUGUUUGCAGAGGCUCCCACCCAGGGCAGCACCUGGAGGUGUCAGCUACAAGGAACAGAAGCUCCCCCAGUGACAAAAGCCUUCUCCAGGAACUUGUCCCCCCACACAACUGUUCCCAUAGCCCUAGUUCCACCACUACCUUCCAGUUUCACAGCCCUUUUAUUCACGGUCCUUUUAACAGUGAAGAGCUGGAUCAGGAGACCGAAGUUUGGGCACACACAAACCCAGUUAAUUCCCCUUCCCUACUGGAUGGGUCUUGGAGCAACCUGGGCUAGGGGAAGGUGUCCCUGCCCUUGGCAGUGGGUGGCACUGGAUGGUCUUUAAGGUCCCUUCCAACCCACCCAUGCUGUGACUGCAGGAUCCUCUCCCUCAGGAAAGCAGAGGGUAACUCACCACAGAGCAUCAGUUACUCACCUCCCCGGCCCCGCAGACCCGGCUGCCGUCUCCAGCAGGAAGGAGGCUCGAGGAGAAUCCUGCCCAGGGAAGCUGGGCUCGCUGCACCCGUGUCCCAGGGAGCUGAGGCAGUGCUGAGGCCGCACAAGGUGCCUUUGGGAAGGGAGCAGAGGCAGCAGCUGGAUGCAAGGAGCGGGAAGGGAGCAGAAAGGCACAGCUCAGCCAGCAGAGGCCAGGCUCCAUCCCCGGCAUCGCUCCUGGCGCGCUGGAAACAAUGGCAGAGACAGCGCAGCAACAACAAACACAGCCCCACACACCUUCCCCGUGCCACAGAGCCCCCCAAAACUCCUCCUGCAGCACCUCAGCCCCCCCCAGGAGCUGCUCCUCCCGCCUGCGCUGCGCUGCACGUGCUGAGAGAAGAGACCCAGAGCUUUCCAAUGAGACAGGUAUUUAUUUAGUUCAAGCACUAAGGAUUUGUUCUCUUGUUGUUGUUGGUUCAUAUUAUCAAACAGAGCUGAGGUACCAGUGACAUUCCAACAUGAAGAAAAGGAACCUUUUUUUUCCCCUUACACAAUUUCUUCAACUACUUUUAUCAAGACAAAACGUGAGGCAUGGAAUAGCUGCAUGAUGGAUUGUACAACGAGCAAGCCAGAGCGGGGAGGAGAAAAGAAACGGAGCCGAGACCUUCACUCAGAAAAUUGCACAAAAAUCAGCACUAAGAACAUCUGUUCCCAUGGUUCCACUGGCCACACCCAUGGAGAAAAAGAAAUUUAAAAUCUAAAACCUGACAGACGGAUGGAGCAAAAAAAACCAAACCAAACCAAACCAAACCAAACCAAAAAAAAUUAAUAUAAAGACCACGUUGCUCCUGUGCUCACCUUGGAAGUGUGCUUUCUCUGGAGAGCUGGGACGAGGACAGGAGUGAGCCCUGUUAAGCACAGGCUAUCAGCAAGGACAUGCACUGAACGUACCUGGCUGUGCUCCUGCAGCCCCCUGGCCGUGCUGAACACGGAGCUGUGGGAAUGCUGCUCUCCAGACCUUUGUUUCCAGUGACUUAUGGACAAACCUGCUCUCAGGUCUUCCAGGAAAAGCGUCCAGGCUGCUGGUCCAUCACAGCCCGUAUGGGUUAAGCCAGCUCCUUAAAUCCAGUGCUUAAAGCUUGGGACUGUGGGAAGCAGAGGGGGCUGGUUCUAUCAGAAGCAAGGAAAAAAAAGGAUAUGCUUGUGGGGAACAGCCAAAUGAGGACCAACAGAAGCUGCACGGAGAACCAAAAGAGAAAAAAGCAAACCAAAGCAAAGGAAGAAGCAGCAGGAUGAAGCAUUUCAGCACGGUUAAGAACAGUACAACAAAGGAAAAGCAGCCAGGUUUCCUUCCCCCAGAGAGUUUCUUUUAAAUAAAGAAUGAUCCUUUGUCACAUAUCAUUGAUGUUUAUUUCAAGACAUGCCACGUCAAAAAAAUUCGCCUUUAAUAUUGCAUUAGAAAAGCACUUUUACAUCUCGUUCUGCCUUUAAGUUAUUGUUGUGCAGAGUUGCUAGAAACCCAGGGCAGGGCAUGAGCCUGGCAUUCACCUCAGGAAUGAAGAAUUCCAACUCUUUUAUGCCCGCUUCCUGGGGAAAGUGGUGGUGAGGACGAUUCCCUUCCUCUCCCCCAGGUGGUUAUUUUAGGUGGUAGAGAGAGGGGCAGAAGAGAACCAAGGAGGAGCCUGAAUAUUCCCUUGCAAUUGUCCAUUUACUUCGCAAUCGCAACACAGACUCGAGAAUUCCUUCCUGCACUGUAACUCGGCCAGAGUCGCCCAGCAAACAAUGUAUUUACAAUUGUGUUUAUUAACUUACACAGCAACUUCACAAUGACUAGUAAAGAUUAAAAGGGUGCACUUCUAGUGUGUUUCAUUCCGUGUUUCUCGGGUAGCUACAUCUCGCAACAUCAGCAAAGCUCUACACAGAUUCCUCAGCCAAAGGAAAACAACAAAAUCAGCACUGGAAGGAGUAAAAAAAAAUUAAAGCCGAGAAAUAAAUAUCAAAGAAAAAAAGGGUUAAUCGUGAGCCUAAUUCCGUAGAAAACUAAAUUACUAAUUAUUUAACCAAACUAUACAGCUCUAGAGAACCAAACUAAACCAACUUGGAAGACUGAACAUAAAAAUUAAAAAAAAAAAAAAAGAGCUAAAAAAUAAAGGCAUAAAUCUGCAUAAUCAGAAGUUGGUUUCCAUCCUACUCAAGUCCCUCCCUUUCCAUCUAAGAUGCCUCAACUAGGAUUCUGUAGGAUCAAAGUAAACACCCCUUCCCCACCGACCUAUGCCCACGCUCUGGAAAAGCGAGUGCCAUUCCCCCUCUGCUGGGGCAGCCAGCUGCUCUUCCCUCUUUCUCCCAAAUUUCCAAGGUUUCAAUCGGCUUUGGCAGGUUUUAGGGCCAGUCCUGAUUUCAAUAUUUCCCCUAAAAAAACAAAGAAGCAAAAUGCUUUCCUCUUCCAAACAGCCGAACUGUUAC